AUGUCGCCAAACCAUAUUGCGGAAGCUGUCGCGAUGUGCGAGGAGCCCUGCGACUCGGCAGCAUUGGAGGCUUGUAGCAUUGGCAUGGUCGAGGGUCUGUGCCAUCCAGAUUCCGCAUUCGUCAAGGCAUUCAGGCCCUGCGCGACAUGCCUGCAGAACAUCCCCCAGCUUCCUGUCAAGAUCGAACCGUCAGGGCUCUCUCCAUUUCUCUCAUUCUGCGGCAUUGAGAUCAAUCAUCUCAAGAUACGGCAGCCUCCCGACGACAGUAAUGGCGCAUCGUGGCACUACAAGGUCCAGAUUGCGUCAACAUCUUCUGACCAGUCGACGACAUCCUCCAAUCCAUAUAUGUCUGCACCAAGUGUUUCGUCCACUGAUUCAGAUAGUAGUGCAGCCAAAUUACGUUGGAUCGCCGGCCCCAUCAAAGAAGCAGAUACAUCGGGCACCCGUCCGGUACGACAGACCAAAGCCACAGCGAGAGAAACAGCGGCCGCCACAACUCCAGCUACACACCCAAAUACCGAAGCCGCAGAGCAGCACGCCUCGAUCCCAGAGCAGCAAAACACUGACUCCGAUGGACAAACCGCUACCGCAGAGCAACAAGUCACCCCCAUUAUAUUACAAAUCGCCAUCGCAGAGCAACAGAUCGCAGCCGCGAAGCGACAUAUCGUCACCAUCCGAGACUGCGAUCCCCUUCAAGGUGGUCUUGGUACAAGCAGCAAGACAGAACAGCCGAGACCUCACCAUCCCGAUGGUCUUGGUACAGAACCUCGGAAAGACCCAUUGCGGACUCUCCUACACAAUGGUCUUUGCACCGACAGCAAGAAAGUCCACGCGAGAAGGGCGUAG